GUGACAUCAUCGUGUCGGGAGGAGGCGACGGCGGAGUUACGGCCGCUUGACAGAAGAAGAAGAAGCAGCAGCAGCAGAAGAAGAAGAAGAAGAAGAUGAUGAAGAUGAAGAGGAGGAGGGUGUGAAACAGUCUAUGGGUGUGACCAGCGUUUACCUGUCCGCUGUUUCACCUGGAGCCGUCGGUCGUGACUCUACCCGCCGCCCGUCGAGUGUCCUCCUCCGGCCGUGAGACGUGGAAGUGUGGCUUCCGUCCGGAGCGGAGCUGGAGCUGGACCUGGAGCUGAAGCUGAAGCUGAAGGAUGCUAAGAAGACCCUGACUCGUGGCCCCAACAUGAGUGUGACGUCAUGGUUCCUGGUGAGCAGCUCUGGCACACGCCACCGGUUGCCACGAGAGAUGAUCUUUGUUGGCCGGGAUGACUGCGAGCUAAUGCUGCAGUCUCGCAGUGUGGACAAGCAGCACGCUGUGAUCAAGUAUGACACGAACAACGAUGAGCACAUGGUGAAGGACCUGGGCAGUUUGAAUGGGACGUUCGUGAAUGACCUAAGAAUCCCCGACCAGACAUGCAUCACCUUGAAGCUCUCAGAUGUGAUUCGAUUUGGUUACGAUGCUCAUGUAUAUAUCCUGGAGAGGAGUCAACACAAGGUCCCAGAGGAAGCUCUUAAACAUGAGAAGUACACCAGCCAGUUGCAGAUCGGUGUAAAGGACCUGGAGGCCAAGACGAAAGAAAAACAGCAGCUCCAGUCUUCAGAGAAGAGCAAACACUCUCUUUUCAAUGUCAAACUGCAGGACAAGGCUGAGCGAAGAGCCCAAUCACUCACAGCUACCACCGAUUCUCCGAUAUCCAAGCCCACUCCUCUGUAUGGCCAGCCAUCGUGGUGGGGGGAGGAUGAUGACCCUGCCAACAAAAAGCAAAGCAGAGGUGGAAAAUUGCCAGAACAGGAGUCUCCAGAGCAUGGUAAAGAUGUGACAAAAUAUGAGGUCAACGGUUCUCUGUCCGAGAGUCACGCCAAGUCCAUCUUCUCCUACCGCCGGGAGCCCAGCUACUUUGAGAUUCCUACGAAGGAGUUCCAGCAGCAUCCUGCCAAAAAGCCUGAGUCGCAAGUGCACGAGGUUCCCACAAAGGACACCCCCGAUCCCACCCAGUGUGUCCCUUCCACCCCCACACCUCCCGUGGUCCAGAGCCAUGCUUCCUUCACCAUCGAGUUCGAUGAAUGCACACCAGGUAAAAUGAAGAUCAAGGAUCAUGUGACAAAGUUUUCUUUCCGCCAGCAGAGAAAGCUGCCCUCUACGGAGGUUGUUACCACACCCACUGAGGUGAUGUCAGUAGAAAGCAAAGUUGCUGAUUGGCUGGUCCAAAGCAAUGCUAGCAUGAUGAGGAGGAGGUCACAGGCUGAGGACAUGUACAGCACAAUCAGUGACCCGUCAUUUCUGAAGAACACCAAGGCAAACCCCCGUGAAGAUGGCACCCACAGUGAUUCAGGGGAUCCUAUAAUCAAUGGGAAUGAUUUUCUCCCAUCAGAACAUCAAACGGGGUCCCAGGUUUCUCCACAAUCUAAGAGAAGCCCGACCCCACAACAGCUCACCACCCCUGACUCUGAGGAGCCUUUGUCCUCCUCUCCUCCAGAGUCACAGUCCCUCUCCAGUCUUGACAAGACUGAGCCACAACAGGCUUAUGUCAUUGAAUUCUUAGAUGAGAACCCAAGAAAAAAACGCUCCCAGUCGUUCACCAAUAACUCUUCCCCGCCUGAGCCCUCAGGCCUCAGGGUGCAGCAGGAGAAAGGAAAGAAGAGCUUAAGCCCUUCUGCGGAGAGACAAGUCUCCACCACCCCACCAACCCAACGAUACACUGUCCCCCUGAAGGGCCUCGCUUCCACAGGUCCCCAAAGAGCUGGCUCAUUACGAAGGGAGAAGACAGAAGACCGAAUCAGCACCAACUUUUCCUCCCGCUCUUCGCCUUCUGUCCCUGCAAAGCCCUUCUGCAGUGUGGGCCGGAGAUCCAAACUCGCCCAGGAAUUCACAGCUGAAUUGCACAAACAGGCAAAAAAGGUCCUUUCUUCCAGCUGGGAGAAAACUACGUCUAGUUCCCCUCCAGCAGCGAAAACAGAGGCAGUUGUAAAAUCACAGGCCAGUCCCCCUCCACUUAAUUCUACCUACCAGCCACAGACUUCCUCUCCUAUCCACAAGCCUAUUCCCCUCAAGGUCCCUGUGAUGCCCCCAGCGUCUCACCUUGUGGAAGUCAAGAGCCCCCUUCUCAGCCCCAGAGCCGAAGAGGACGACUGUCUGAGUGAUGCAGGAACUUACACCAUCGAAGCAGAUAUCCAAGAUAAAGAGCUGGAAGAGGCACGGAGCAAGAUUGACCAGGUGUUUGGUGUUGUUGAGAGCCCAGAGCGAACCAACCAGAGUGAAGCAGAAACAUCAUCAGCAUUUAGGCCUGUUAUUGGGCAGGGCAGGGAGCAGCAUAGUCUGAGUAGCAGUGGGCAGGUUCAGCAAGCAGCUGCAGUGUUACAGGGGGCUCCUAAGUGGAUGUCUUGCUGGGCCAGCUUGGCAGACAGCUACACAGAGUCUGGCCCCUCGUCUGGCCUCUUUGACAUCCCUUCCCAGAUGGAGCUGUCAGGAGGGGCACGAGGUACAAUCAUCAGCCAGGCCUCUCUCAGCCGCAGCUAUGACAGUACAGACUCAAGGGCUCGACGCAUCCUGCCCCAGGUACCAGUGGGGGAGAAGAGUGACUUUACAACUCCCAGCAUUCAUGUUCAUUAUGACCCCCAUUCAACAUUCAAUGUAGAAGAGAAUAGCCUAGUGGGCCGCACACCAGAGGAUGGCAUUCACAGGUUGUUAGUGCAGGACGAGGUAGAGCCUGACAGCCUGAGUGACGCCAGCAAGUCCAGUGAUGGUUCCAUCAUAGAGCAGAGGAGGAGACAGCUGUCGGACUCAGAAGAGAAGAAACGUGACGAGAAGUCCAGACUCUCAACCAAGCCUACAUCAUUCUACAUCGAGUCAGACGAAGCUCCGUCCAAACCAGAAUAUGGAGGCUUCAAACCCAGCACGCCUAAGGCUGAGAAGAAACUUGCAAACAAAACUUACUCAACAGUCACCAUGACCAAACAGAGAGGUAACCAGGACUUUGGAAAAGUCAAACCCAGCGCAUCGGCUCCUAUCCUGAGCGAGAGUGCUCAGAGUCCAGAGUACAAAGAGGCCAGGGCAGUAUCUCCAUUAAUCAGACAAGAGAGCUUCACCAAGGAGCGGCCUAGCAACCCCAGAUUGCCCAACAUUUCUAGCCAGUCUGCUCAGAAGGAUCCCGACCCUGAAUUAUUCCCGAGAGCCUGCAAUCAGGACACUCACUCUUACCUGAAAGAGACGGAGGAUGUUCUGGCUGUUCUGGAGGCCAAACUUAAAGCAGGACAAUCAGGAAGCACUCCCUCUCCAGUAAUGGACUCUCUCUCUGCGGAGUCUGAUGUGGAUACCUCCAGCACAGUCAGCCAGCAUAGCAAUAAAACCAAGCAAAACACACUGGCGAAAAAACCCUCUGUUAUUGGCCUCCAUAGGGAUAGGUCUUCAGCCAGUAUAGCGAGUCAGGACGCAAACCAUCAGUCCGUGUUGUCAGAAAGGCGUCGUCCUCAGCGAGCUGACAGCAGCAGUAAGACUGAGUCUUUCAGGAGGCCAGUUGGACUGAGACGUAGUGUUGGGAAAUGUGGUUCCACAGAUCUGAGUGAUGACCCUCACAGCUUACCUUACUCUGAUCAGGAGUCUAACAACUACCAAGCCCGCAAAAAAUACACCACGACCCAUCAGAAGGAGGACGCAAAGCCCACCAGAGUGUCUCAGGCCUUGAGUCGUGCCAACAGUUUGACGGCUCCGAGACCCACCAGGGCAUCCAUGCUGCGUCGCGCUCGCUUGGGAGAGGCCUCAGACAACGAGGGCACGGAGACGGACAGGCUGUCCCAGGAGGCGGCCAACAUCCUGGCUAAGCAGCCGCAGGAAACCAAGAAACUCACCAGGCUUGAUAGGCUGGCGAUGCCUCGUAAGCGGACGGGCUCAUUCAACACGACCAGCGACACCGAGUCGUCCUCCGUCCCACAGGGGGUGGGCAGGAGCUCAGGAUUCUCCAACCGCAGCACAGAGUCUGGCAGCAGCUCUGUUCGACGGGCCUCUACUUCGGGAUUAAAAUCCGUGGAAAGGCCGCAGAAAGCAGUGCUCAACAAGACUCCAAUCACCCGCGGACGUUCAAGCAGUGCCAAAUAUGCCAGCAGCACGGCAAGCUCCAGGAUGCGACAGCAAGGCUCUGACUAUACCUCUACCUCAGACGAGGAGUACGACUCAAACCAGAGCACCCCUAAACACAAACGCUCCCAACCUUCCUCAGCUUCCAACAGUCCACGCAAUCAGCCUCGGUCCCAGCCGGUGGUCGCCCUGCAUCCGAAAGCCAGCGGAAAAGAUUCUGAGGGGGAGAACCACGAGGGAGACGCCCUCCAAACCUGGUCCACACACAGUGCUGAGAUUGCACGGUUGAGUCAAGACCUUGCUAAAGACCUCGCUAUCUUGGCCAGAGAGAUCCAUGACGUGGCGGGGGAUGGUGAGCCACAGAGCGCUGGAGCGGAGAGCAGCACGCCCAUGUCCACAGUGACUGCUCACGAACAGCUUGUUCAGCAUAUUCCAGAGGCUGGUUUGAACUAUCAGAGAGUUCCACCAAGUUCUGCCUCGGCGAGGGAACCUGAGCAGAGCUCAAGGGACCUGGAGCAGAACGGCAGGCAGCGAGCUCAGAGCCGAGACGAGCUCGUUGUGGACAAUCUGAUGCUGAACCCAGUGACUCAGAUCAUCGUGGCCAUCAGAGAAAACACUGAACAACUUGCUGAUAAAAUUAAGGUACUGUUCCAGGACAGGGCGGAUAUCUGGGAGCAAAUUGAGGCAAAGAUGAACUCUGACAAUGACGUCCCUGUCGUCAAAACCUCCAACAAGGAAAUCACAUCAAUCUUGAAAGAACUCAGGAGAGUUCAGCGACAACUUGAAGUCAUCAACACAGUCAUGGAGCCCGGUGGGCAGCCGGAAGCAUCGAAGGCCUCUUCCUCCUCAUCUGGAGUUCGCCUCUCCAGAACUCCUUCAUCGCGAGACUGGAGAACCGUCCAUUCCAUCUCUAGAAGAGGUGGCGGCCCGAGGCCCAGUGAGAGCGUCAGGAGAGCAGCGGUGACACCAGACGAUGUCAGACAGGGAUAUUUAGUCUGAGGUCGCACACGGCCCUGAACUUCAGCUGUGGCCUCGCACACGCAGGUGUUGGACCAUUGUGUUCAAAAUGAAAACAACAGGGAGGAUGUGAGACUCGAUUCACGGAACCGUACCUUCCUGCACAUGCACACAUACACACUACUGCACUAUGAGCACUUCACACCUACACAGCACUGUAACACACGGUGCCUAACGCCCUUAAAAUCUGCUCAUUUACAGGCUGACAUAUGCGGUGAUGAUUUGAGGAAGUAUCAUACUCCUCCCCCCCCCAUCUGAAAGUCCUUGAAUAUAGACUUGAUUCUCUGUUAGAGAUCGUCCUCAUUAUUUACCAAUGAUAUGACCAACAUGGCUGAUUUUAAAAGCUCUAUGUUAUUACUUGGUGUAAUUGAAAACCGACCUGAGCUAAAUCAACUCAGGGAAAGUUAUUAUCAAAUCAUACAUUUGUGUUUAGUGAUAUUUUGAGGAAAUAGAACAUCUUCGUCACAGAUGUUAGUGAACUGUGUUUGUUUACUCCGUAAACCCAUUGCAUUUCCUUUAUAUAUUUUCUCCAUUGAUUUUGUCUGUGUUUGCCAGUUUUCUCUUUAUAGACCAGAUUUGUGGAAGAAUGUAAAAAGUAUUUAUUAGGGGUGUUCUGUGACACACUGGUAUUUUGUAACCGAGUCAACAUGAUUUUGGGAGCGAGCUGGUAGACCAGCUCAUCUUACACUACACCGUUAACACCAGACAAUCUAUUGUGUAUUUAUUCCGUUAUUUCCCUGAACCAUCUUCAGUACAUUGGCAUCAUCUGUUUUUGCUCGACUGGAGGUGAAAAUCCCUCACGAAUGUGUCUCCAUGUGGAGGCUGUGGCUGAGUCCGUGGUUCAGUCACCUGGCAACCACAAACUCAAGUGGCUGUAAAUCACCAGUAGUCGUUUUUUAAGCCCUCAAGUGCUUCUGAAAAGUGUGUUUUUAUUGAGUUAAAACACAUUUGGGGGCUUGAAACUUGUGUGUUGUUGUGUUGUCUUCUGUGACUGAAGAGGACAGUUUCCUUUGACAAUCAUAAAACAACCUUCUUUGAUCGAACUCAUCAUACACUACAUACACCAAUCAGAAGUGACCUCGUGACUCCGAGGAAAUGUCCCAUCUCAUUGGUCCUGUGACAAAAGUAAUGUAAUGACAACUUGUGUGUAAAUCAGAUCAUUAGUUUCGUUCUGUAUGUAAAUAUCUGAAGUUUUGUGUAGAUCAGACAAAAUUACCUCUAUGUCUUUUGCCGUUUGCACUAAUGUAGAACAGCAUCAUCCCCUGGACCUGAUGUUCUGCCAAAGCCUUUAACUCUCCUGUGUGUGACAGAUUGUAAAUAUCUGGUGCUGUGGGGGUUGAAGGGAGGGGGAGAAGGGCGACCCAGUACACCAGCACGUUUUUAACUUCCCUCUUCCCAGUCCAAACUCUACAUGUGAUUGUAAUUGGGAAAUACCCACAAGUGCCACAGAGCUGUGUGGGGACGACGUUUCAUGCAGCCCAGCACAGUGGUUGUUUACAAGCUCCGGCGAAACUGAAUGUUUGUCCUUCCUCGCUCCAAGUAAUGCUGCUUUUCAUCGGUGGGAUGGUGUUUCCACUAUGUUAAACUUCAUCUAAGCCACAGAAAGUCAAAGAGACAAAGAUUAACUCUGCGUCUCAUGUUUUGAUAGUAACUUUCUGUUUCCCCUCCUCCUCCUCCUCCUCUCAGAAUGAUUUAUUGUUAGAUGGUAUUUAUGUUUGGAUAUUUGUGUCAUUUGUUAGAUGGUGAUUGCAGGUUUGUUUCUUUGUUAUUUGAAAAUAAAUUUGAUGAGCAGA